AUGGCAAUCGUCCCAGCCAACGCAGAUGAAGCACGCCAGUGGCUCAGAAAAUUCCACGAAGUGAGCGACUCGCUAGACCCCGCGCGUCUCCCCGAGGUGUAUGCCGAGGAUAGCAUCCUCCAGUAUGCGAACGUACCACCAGUCCAAGGCCUCAACAAUCUCAAAGGCUUCUUUGGCCCGAUAUUCGAGAAACUUGAGCUAAUGCACCAUGUGGUCUCUUACUUUGACCUCGUUGGAGAUAAGAUUUACCAGGCGUGCACAAUCACAUACCGCGCGAAGAACGAUCCAGAGAAAGAAGAAAUCGUCGUGCCGGCGUUUGGUGUCUUUCACAUUCUCCCGUCCGGCGAUGACGCGGGCAAGAUGAAAAAGGCAGAAGUGUACAUUGACCCUUCUCCUCUUAUGGCAGCCUUGGCUAGAGCAGAAUCGGACGGACCGUGA